AUGGAGGUGGCGCUGGUCAAAUUUGAGACCUUGAACGAUGUCAAGAUCAACAUGGGUGAGAAAGGAACACCAUCACCCCUGCCCAAGAAGACUUCCUUGUUGCAAGAUGGGCCUCAGUGCAGCCCAAGCCACAAGCGACCACAUACCCCUCAUCAGUCGCCAUACAGAGCCCGCCGGAGCAUAACUGCUAACCCAGAGAAACUGCAGCAGCCAAUGUCACCAACUAGGAGGGGGCGCCCAAGUUGCACUAGCUUGAACUCCAACUGGAGGCUUCUGCUGAACAGUGAUGGGGCAGAAGGUGAGCGUCUCUUCGGCCAGCUGGCUAAAGAAUACAGCGAGGAUCUGAUCAUGAACAGGCUAGCACUAGACCAUAGCAAUCAGAAGGUCACCAUAAACAUUGCCGGCCUACGUUUUGAGACAUGCCUUAAGACACUGGACCAGUUCCCAGAAACUUUGCUCGGGAAUCCCAGGAAAAGGACAAGGUACUUUGACCCCAUGAGAAACGAGUACUUCUUUGAACGCAACCGACCCAGCUUUGAUGGAAUUCUUUACUACUACCAGUCAGGUGGCAAGAUCAGAAGACCAGCUAAUGUGCCCCUGGAGAUUUUUUCAGAUGAGAUCAUCUUCUUCGAAUUAGGUAGCGAGGCAAUGGAUCAGUUCCGGCACGAUGAGGGCUUCAUCAAAGAGAUGGAGGUGCCUUUGCCAUCCAGCGAAAUCCACCGGCAGUUGUGGCUUCUGUUCGAGUACCCCGAGAGCUCCAAUGCAGCCCGAGGCAUUGCAAUAGUGUCCAUCUUUGUCAUCAUCAUCUCCAUUAUCGUCUUUUGCCUGGAAACACUUCCAGAGUUUCGAGAUGAUGUGGGGAUCUUUCCAACUUCCUUCCAGUUCUUCAACCACUCACAGAAAAGUCAUUCCUUAGUCUUACCCGCAAAUAUAGUACCUAAAACCAUAGCUUCCACACUCACCGAUCCCUUCUUCUUAAUCGAAACAGCUUGCAUUGUCUGGUUUUUCUUUGAGCUCUGCAUACGUUUCAUUGCCUGUCCCAGCAAGAAGGAUUUUUUCAACAACAUCAUGAACAUCAUAGACAUUAUCUCCAUAAUCCCUUACUUUGUUACCCUGGUGAUGGACUUAACGACCAACAUGGAUACUACCUCUACCCAGAACAUGUCUCUGGCCAUCCUCCGUAUUAUCCGCCUGGUGAGAGUCUUCCGAGUUUUCAAGUUGUCCCGGCACUCCAAAGGACUGCAGAUCUUGGGCCAGACGAUAAAGGCCAGCUUGCGUGAGCUAGGCCUGCUCAUGUUCUUCCUUUUCAUUGGGGUCAUCCUUUUUUCCAGCGCCAUUUACUUUGCCGAGGCUGACGAGCCCAACACUCAGUUUAGCAGCAUCCCGGACGGCUUCUGGUGGGCCGUGGUGACUAUGACCACGGUGGGCUAUGGAGACAUGUGUCCCAUCACCAUGUGGGGCAAGCUGGUGGGAACCCUGUGCGCAAUUGCUGGAGUGCUGACUCUCGCCUUCCCUGUACCAGUCAUUGUCUCCAACUUCAACUACUUCUACCACCGGGAGACAGAACAGGAGGACAAGCUGCCCUUUCAGGACAAUGCAGAGGUGUCUGGUACCACCAACAGACAUGGAAGCACCACAUCUCUGAACAAAGCUAAUGCCAAAGUCCAAUUUCUAUGA